UAUAUAUAUCUUUUUCUAACUCUCUCUUCCACCUCUCUUUCUUUCUUCUUUCUUCUUUCCCAAUUCCCAAUCACUCUCUUAUCCCAAACGCCAUCGCUAAACGCCGUUUAGGGUUUCAGGCAAGCCUUCAUUUCUCACUCUCACUUCCACCAUUACCAAUUAGCUUUUCUUAUUUCGUAUAUAAAUCCUCUCCUGGGUUUUGAUUUUCCACUAUUUGAAUUUUGAACCAUACUUAGAAUUACCGAAUUUUUCUCUUCAUUUUUCGUUAAUUAAGCCUCCGUAGAUCUUUGAAUCGGAAUUUGCCUCGGUUGAAAUAAGUGGUUUGUUAUCGUCAAAAUGUCAUCUCCAAGCAAGAGACGGGAAAUGGACGUAAUGAAAUUGAUGAUGAGUGAUUAUACAGUGGAGACGAUAAAUGAUGGACUCACAGAAUUCAAUGUGGAGUUUAAUGGUCCAAAAGAAAGCCUUUAUGAAGGCGGAGUUUGGAAGAUUCGUGUUGAACUUCCUGAUGCAUAUCCUUACAAAUCCCCUUCUAUCGGCUUCGUGAACAAAAUAUACCACCCGAAUGUUGAUGAGUUAUCUGGCUCUGUAUGCUUGGACGUAAUUAACCAAUCAUGGAGUCCAAUGUUUGAUCUUCUAAACGUCUUUGAAGUUUUUCUUCCACAACUCUUGCUUUAUCCAAACGCCUCAGAUCCUUUGAAUGGCGACGCCGCAUCCUUAAUGAUGAAGGAUAGAAAGUUGUAUGACCAAAAAGUUAAAGAGUAUUGUGAGCGGUAUGCUAAGAAGGAAAACAUUUCCAACAAUGGUACAGCUGAUGAUGAGGACAGUGAUGAGGAAGACAUCAGCGAAGCAAAUACCCAAUCAAGUGAUGAUGAAAUUCCUGGUCAUGCUGACCUUUAAAUAGUGCUCUUUAAGUUUAAGGGUCCAUGUAUUAUUACACAUAUUUACUUGUUUAGUUAUAAUUAUAAGAUGUAGGGUUAUUUCUCUGUACUACUUUUCUGCCCUUAUAAUAACAGUUAUUAUUCCUGUAUAAUAAUUUCUUAUAAAGCUAUACUAUAAUAUGUUAUUAGGGCUUUAAACUUUAAAUUGUAAUUUGUAUAUUAAUAUCUGACAUUUUUCUUUCCAAAUUUAAGGAAAUCAGAAAUGUAACAGUUAAAGAUACAUGCUGAA